CUUACAAAGAAAGAAAAUGGGCAUUUUGAUUGUAUGAACGUUAUAAAUAGUAGACUGUGUCGUCGAUCGAAGCGCGGACCGCAUAAAUUUCAACUGUAGAGAAUUUGAAGGAAGCAAUGGCGGGUUCAGUUUUGAACCAGUCUAAACCCUCCCCUCAACAAAUCUCUCAUAUCAAACUGAUAUUCGUUAAUGCUCGUCUCGGUGUGCGAUUUUCGGAGACAUGGAGGCGUCGACGUUGACAUCGACGGAGAAGUAUGCAGCGGCAGCUCUAUUCGCUGUCGCACUUCACCAGUCGCAGAUGCAUCAAACACGGCCUUCGGAUCCUGUUCUGCCUCUCGACGAGGAGCCAAUUGGUGAGGGCGCGAGCAUUGGUACCAGUGUCUCAGUUUCGGAUGAUCCUAGACUUUGGAUCCAUGAGAAUUCCGGUCUGCUUUUGCCUGUUUUUAGGUUCCUUGGAGUGGAGGAUCAAGCUUGGGAUGGGCUUAAGGAAACUGCUGGGAACUCUUCUCAAGUGAGGCAUCAUGUUGGCGCGUUCCUUUCAUUGCUACAAGAGGAAAGUAAUGGAAUGUCUUUAGAAAGAAAAGACAAAGAGGUUGCUUUGACAAAAGCAGUUGAUGCGACAAUGCUUAGCAUGGAAAGUCCUGUGUCUUCUGAGGAGAAUAUAAAGAGUCAUGAGUAUGAGAUUAGAUGUCAAAAUAAUUAUUCCAACAGCAUAAUGGAAUCAACCUCUGAUGUGGCUGGAAAGCACCAUAAACAGGAGACAGCUCCCGAGAUGGCCUCUGAAGAUAAAUCUCCCAAGGAAUCUGGCAAUGAAACUUAUGAGAAACAUAUUGAAGAGGCGGGAUUGCUCAAUCACCAGAAGAAAGUGAAGGUCCUUUUUGAGCUUCUUUCAGCUUGUGUAGCAGAUUAUUCUAAAGAAGACAAAGAAUCUUGUCAACCAGGGAAAGGUUAUGAUGCUCGACACCGUGUGGCUUUAAGGCUACUGGCAUCAUGGCUUGGUAUUGAAUGGACAGAAAUGGUAGCUAUGGAGAUAGUAGUUGCUUGCUCUCUAAUGAAUACACUGAAAGUGGAUGGGGCAAAGGAAGAUGAAAAUGGAACUUCUCAAAACCACUGGGUUAACUGGAAGCGUGGAGGCGUUAUUGGUGGGGCUGCUUUAGCUGGAGGAACUUUGAUGGCCAUUACUGGCGGCCUAGCUGCCCCUGCAAUUGCACAUGGAUUGGGUGCACUGGCUCCAACCCUGGGCAGCAUUAUUCCUGUGGUUGGAGUUAGUGGGUUUGCAGCAGCAGCAGCAAGUGCUACGGGAUCUGCUGCUGGAUCUAUUGCUGUGGCUGCCUCAUUUGGAGCUGCUGGAGCUGGGCUCACAGGAAGUAAAAUGGCUAAAAGAACCGGGAGCGUCGAGGAAUUUGAAUUCAAAGAAAUUGGAGAAAAUCAUAACCAAGGCCGGCUAGCAGUUGGGAUAUUGGUCUCGGGACUUGUCCUUGAGGAUGAAGAUUUUACAAGGCCUUGGGAAUGUCACAAUGAAAACUUGGAGAGGUAUGCACUGCGGUGGGAGUCAAAGAACUUGAUUGCACUUAGCACGGCAAUACAAGACUUGCUUACUUCAAAAAUUGCCAUGCAUCUGAUGAAGGAAGGUGCUAUGCUGACUGUAUUAAGCACUCUUUUAACGGCAUUGGCUCUGCCAGCAACAUUACUCACAGCAUCUGAUAUUAUAGACAGCAAAUGGGCAGUUGCAGUUGACCGAUCUGAUAAAGCCGGAAGGCUGCUUGCUGAAGUGUUGUUGAAGGGAUUGCAAGGGAACAGACCUGUGACACUCGUGGGAUUUUCAUUGGGAGCACGAGUAAUUUUCAAAUGCCUUGAGUGUUUGGCAGAAACAGAAGGAGCCAAUGCUGGCUUUGUAGAAAGAGUUGUACUUCUCGGUGCACCACUUUCAAUAAAAGGUGAAAGAUGGGAAGCUGUUAGAAAGAUGGUUGCUGGACGGUUUGUCAAUGUUUAUUCUACAAAGGAUUGGACACUUGGGAUUAUUUAUCGUGCUAGUUUACUUUCUCAAGGAUUGGCUGGAAUUCAACCUGUUGAUACUCAUGGAGUGGAAAAUGUAGAUGUAACCCAACUUAUUGAAGGCCACUCUUCCUAUCUUUGGGCGACGAAACAAAUUCUCGAACAACUUGAUCUAGAGCACUACUAUCCUGUUUUUAGGAGUACAGAUACCGAACCUCUGGAAAAGGAAAGCUUAGCUAUAUAAUCAUCAUUCCCAUUUUCUCGUUGUUUCUUUCUUCAGCAUGCUGAGCCUGUUGUUAUUCUUCUUUGGGGGGUCAUCAAUAUGUUCACCCGACGCACGGAUACAAAUCUGGUAUGGCUCUGCUCCAUCUCAUCAACCACCUGCUGAUUUCAUAUCAACAUGGGUUGGACUUCGGACCUUCUGAGGUUGAAUUUCCAACUUUAAACUCUGUUAGUAUCAAGUGAGGUGAUUUCCAAUGUAAGUCCUCUCCCUCCCAUAUCUUUUUUGUAGGCUUAUGAUUUGAACUUAAUAAGCAAGGAGAGGUACCAGUGGUAGAAUUGCAUUAGUUGCGUAACAGGACACUAGUGCUCCAUCUUAUUUAAUUUAAUGUUGGGUAAGUACAUCCCAACAAUCUCUUAUUGGUUCAAAAAGCAUUCAUUCAUCACCCUUUUUGCUUACGGUGCAAAUGCUGAGAAUGUC